AUAAGUAAACGUCUAGCUUCUCUAUGGUUCCUUAAUCCUACUAAUCUACUAUUGUGAUCUGCUUUGUGUUUGGAGUUGUAAUCUCCAUGUAAUAAACCUUAUAAGCAUAGUCACCUGCCUCUAGAUCAUGACUAGACUCAGAAAAAUCAAAAAAAGGUGGUAAAAGGCUCACACCAGGUUAAUUGAGAAUAUAUCAAUCAAGCAACCUUGACGGCUUGACUUAAGGGGUUCUUCCUAACAGAAAGCAGGUUCCAAUAAUAGUUACAAACUUUCGAACUUAUAAAUUUAACUUCAAAUAAAAAAAAAAGUGUCACAAAUAAAAAAUUCAAGUAAACCCUAUUUAAACGAAACUAAAUACUUGAAUAACUCGAUAAACUACAGCUUUAGAUGUGCCAGAAGCAGAAUGACCCCUUAACUAAUGCCCUUUGGUAAUGUAUGCAUACUAUGGCACUAAACAUAGAUACAAAGAUUGACACUUAAAAAAAUAAUGAGAAGUGUACGACAACUUCAACCUGCAAACAUAGAAAAACACAUAUCAGCCUAUAAAUGUUAUAAAAUCUAAUCAUAAAAUCCGUCUAACUCCAAGGGGCCAUGACAACAUCAAUGAGGUAAGAAUUGAGGCAACAGUAAGUAUUUUUUUUAUUUUUCUUUUAUUGACAAUAGCUAAGAGGGAGCAACAAUUUGCCGCUAAUUAAUAUUAAACAAAACUGAGCGUAUGACAAGUAACCAUAAUUUAAUAAAGGUUUUUUGUAUCUAUCAUGAGUAGUAUAAAAUCAUAAUUCUUCCUAUACUCAACCUCAAAACUUAACCCCUAAUGGAAGACCAAAAUUGCAGUAAAGUAGGCAAGCAAAAUGAAGUACAACACCAUCAAGUGGCUGUGGUGAUGGUACCCUUUCCAGCCCAAGGCCUUUUGAACCAGCUCCUCCAUCUCUCUCAUCUCAUAACCUCCUAUGGAUUACCAGUUCAUUAUGCUGGAUCUGCCAGCCACAACCACCAAGCGAAGCUCCGACUCCAUGGUUGGGACUCUGAAACUUCAAGUAAAAUCCAUUUCCAUGACUUCAAAAUCCCUCCUCAUAGCUUGUCCCCUCCCAAUCCCAACCCCUCCACCUUUUUCCCUACAAACCUUGAACCACUAUUUGAUGCUUCUACGCAUCUCCGUCAGCCCAUUUCCCAACUCUUACAAGAACUCUCUACAAAGUUAAGGAGAAUCAUCAUCAUUUUUGAUAAUCUAAUGACUUCCGUGAUUCAAGAUGUAAGAGGCAUCCCAAAUGCUGAAUCAUAUGCCUUCCAUCCCACCUCUGCCUUUACCAAGUUCUUAAAUGUGUGGGAAAUAUUACCUAAAAAACCUUUUCAGCUAGAUUUUGAUGUCCCAAAAUGCAUUCCUUCAAAUGAAGGGUGCUUGACGACAAAGGUUAUCAACUUCUUGGUCAAACAACAUCAACUUUUGGGGUUUGAGGCUGGAACACUUUGCAACACAUCAAGGCUGAUAGAAGGUAGAUAUGUCCAACUAUUGGAGAACCUUUCAAUAAAUCCUGAGAUGAAGUACUUUGCUGUUGGACCUUUGAAUCCAGUGGAAAUGGAAAGCAAAAAUGAUAGACAUAUAUGCUUACAAUGGCUUAACGAACAAGAGGCAAGUUCGGUGAUAUAUGUCUCUUUUGGAUCAACAACCUCAAUGACUGAUGAGCAAAUCAUGGAGUUGGCGCUGGGUUUGGAAAGAAGUGGACAAAAGUUCAUAUGGGUACUUAGAAGAGCCGAUAAAGCUGAUGUAUAUUCCAAAAGUGAUUUGAGAAAUCCUCUGCUACCCGAAGGGUAUGAAGAGAGACUGAAAAAUAAGGGAAUGGUGGUAAGAGACUGGGCACCCCAACUGCAAAUUCUAGCACAUCCAUCCAUAGGUGGUUUCAUGAGUCACUGCGGGUGGAACUCAUGCAUGGAGAGCAUCAGCAUGGGUGUGCCAAUGGCAGCUUGGCCCAUGCAUUCCGAUCAACCCAGGAAUGCCACUUUGGUGACAGAAGUGCUAAGAAUUGGUACACUGGUGAGGGAUUGGGCUCACCGUGCUGACCUAGUGACCUCAGCUACUAUAGAGAAUGCAUUGAGAAGAUUGAUGGCAUCAGAGGAAGGAAAGGAGAUGCAAAAAAGGGCUGCAGAACUGGGUGAUGCUGUCCGAACAUCAGUUGCUGAAGGUGGUACCUCUAGUGUAGAAAUGGAUUCUUUCAUUAUGCACGUCACAAGAUGAUGACCUGCGACCAUUUCACGAGAAUCUCAAUUUUCUUUGAAUCCAGAAGGCUCAAUAUCCCAAGUUGUGUAGUGCUAUUUUGACAUUUUCACACAGUUAAUGUACUGUAUUUUUGUCUGCAUUCAACAUUGUUAAUUUUGUGUAAUAAAAAGCAUGUUCAACACUGCUUCUAAGCAUGUAAUGAAACAAAAUUGUAGUCAUCUUGUUCUAGAUCACAAGAUUCACAACAAUACCAAUGGAAUUAUCUCACUAAGAAAAGUUAACAAGAAAUGAAAUAGCUCAAGUAGAGGAUA